AUGGCAGCAUCAUCUACAAAGAUGGGACGGAAUGAUUUGUUUACACAGGCCAACUCCGGUGCAUUGUUUUCGCACUUGACAUCCUUGACCACCGUGGAGAUAUCAAAGACAGUGGAGGUGAUCGGCAAAAGCUUCUUCAAACAAUGCAGCACCCUCACCAAUGUCAUACUUCACAAAGACGCAGGUCUAAAAACGAUUGAUAGUGAGUCCUUUGCAGGGUGCAAAGCGUUGAUCAAUAUCAAUCUUGGAGACGCUGGUCCAAUCAUAGAGAUUCCAGAAAAGUGCUUUUUCAGCUGUACCUCGCUCCGAACGGUAUCCAUUCCUGGCACGGCAACGAUUAUUCGAAAGCAGGCGUUCUAUGGAUGUAUUUCCCUCGUAGAUGUCGAAUUUCAGGAAGGUGUCAAAACCAUUGGCGAAUCUUCCUUCGCAAAGUGUUCUGGAUUGACGACGAUUCCAUUGCCCUCCAGUCUCAAGGUAAUAAGCUCAAAAGCUUUUGAAAACUGCACGUCCUUGUUGGGAGUGGAGAUACCACAAGAUAGAGACUUGAAGAAGAUCCAUGCGAAGGCCUUUGCUGGUUGCUGGGCGUUGGCGAAUAUUUCCCUUCCGUAUUCAGCCAUUUUUACGCACAAUACCUUCCAGAACUGUAAUUUGUUCGCCAGCGAAGGAGAAUGGGAUCCAACUGAGUGUCUUCGAAUGCGAUAUGAUGGUAGUCCAGUCCACAACAUAUGUUACGACUCCUCUUCACAGACAAGUGACACUGUGAACCAACUACUUCAAGUGUGGGAGGAGUUGUCGUUGUCCAACACUAAAUGGUUGGAAGAUAGGUUGCGCUAUGACGACGAUCUUGGUAUGAAUCCGUUUCAUAUCGUGGUGACCUCUGUGAACCUAAAGAAGGAAAUAUUGGAAUUUCUCUUGAAUCGAUAUCCGAAAAAGGUGCUUGUUUCUGGGGAAUUUAACGCCAAAACCAUGAUGGACUACCUAUUGAUCCAUUCCUCCAAAGAAGCUGUCCCCUUGAUUCAAAUGACACUGCAAAAGGUAUUUGUAACUUCCAUUAAUGAUUGGGGUAUGGGAUUGAUACCCAAAUGGAAGGCUGAUUUGGAACAGCACAUUCAGUCCCUACACGUACCAACAGCAGGUGACCAUGACAUUCAAACGAGACGGAAACUCGUUCGAGAGGAUACUACACGAGAAUAG